AUGAGCGAUCACACAGCGGAUGCUGGCUCGUCCAGCAUUCUCGCCUCUCCCACAACGACCACGACCACAUCCGCCAUUCUUGGCGCAACUACAUCAGGAUGGUCGCCUCUCAGGACCGCAAAGCGAGGCACAACUGUAUCGUACUCUCAGUCGACACCAGAGCAUGCCGUCGAGGAACAUCCCUCCCUCCACAGUCCCAAGAAGCAGACGCAGAACUUCAAGUCUCUGCGCAAUCACGGCCUCGUAUCCAACAGCAUCUUCAAACAAAUCGAUGGAGGAAGUCAGCCUAGCUCACUCACUAGCUCCCCCGUCAGCACUUCUCCACGUAAAGCGCUACCCUCUCCCUCCUUGGGGCUAGGCAUCGGCCUUUCUGAUUCGCCUAAGGCUGGACAGCACAGCUUGAAACCAGAGCUAAGUCCCGCCGGUGAGGACGCAGAGAAUAGCAACCCCUUCAACCUCCAUACCGCCGGGACUGCCGCCAAAGGUCCCAGACGCAAGAUCCCUCGCAAAAGUCUGGGCAGGCUCCACGAGUCCAACUACGUCAGCAACUCGGUCUUCCGUCAGCAAGGUGGCAUCUCGGAUGACGCUCCGCUUCCCUCUUCCCCGCUCACUCCGUCUCGCCUGACAGCGCAGACCGCUUCGCCUAGCAGCCCUGUUUCCAACUCGAAAGGUCUUCUCACUUCCAACCGUCUGCACGGCCCACGCUUCAUGCACGCCUCGCCGCAGUCUUCCCGCAUCGAAUCCAGCCCUCUCCGCACAGAACGCAGAAAGACGGUCACUUUUGACGAGAUCCUCGACGUGCAGGAAUUCGACAAGGAGAGCAGCUUCGAUACUGAGAGCCUCGACGUCGCCGACGAUGACGAUGACGACGAUGAUGAUGAUCAUGUCCCGGAGGAUGCUGACUUCUGGAUGCGCGGCAGUGCGGUCGUCAACUCGCAGGGUCCAAUGCGUCAGCUUCAAGUAGUCAACCAAACCGAAGUCGCCGAAGCGCUGUCCGCCGAGUCAGAGCCAGAUCUUUCCCACGACAGUAACGAGACUUCGUCCAUCGAGGGCCCACCAAGUCCUUCCCCUGGUGACAGUAGCCUUCAGCUACAGGACCUCUCUGUCGAGUUGAUGAAUGGGCGUCAGCAAGCGUGUACAGACGAACCGAGCAUGCCACCUGAGCGGGAGAACUCCUUUGCUCGUCUCUCUGCGGUUGAUCGCGUAGAUAGCAUGAUGGACGAGCUUCUCCGCGACAACAUUCUCAACAGUCCUAGCAUGCGCACUCGCCAAGGCGACCCAGACGCUCAAGAAAUUCUCCAGCCUCUGUCAGCUUCGGUCGAGACAGCUGCAGACGCUCCACGCCUGGAGCAAGCAAUGUUGCCGCAGCUUCCCGCAUGGGAUCCCAUUAACUUGGACGUUGACAUGCCCACACCUAUCCUCGGCGACUUUGCUCAAAGCCUCACACAACCGGAGAUGGGCCCAACACCAAGCACCGUUCCUCCUCCCGCCAGCCGCAACGGCUCCAUUCGUGGUCGACCGCACAUUUCGCGUGACGCCAUCCUUCAGCGUGUCGCAAAGGAGAAGCUCAACCAAGAGCAGGCAAAAGCCGGACGCGCUGCAACCGAGGAGCACAAGGAAGGUCUUUCGGGCGAGGAAAUCUCCACGAUCGACUCUUCCGCCCUCAAACGCAACACGUCGCAGCAGAAGCGCAUGCCACGCGGCAGUGAGCCAGGACCAUCACUGGUUUCGGCGCAAGACACGGUUCAAUGGCAGAGUAAGACACUGCCUGCGGCACGUCCAAGUGUCCCUCUCCAUCUUGCUCGCACCGAGCCAGCGGCGACUGAAACAAAGCCUAUUCCGCCUCCGAGCCCCGUCAAAGAACUCGGCCAGCUCGAGAGUCCUCUUGAUUUGCUGGGCGCAGAGCUCAAGGUAAAAGUUGAACUCAGCCAACCCACGUCUCGGGAUGCAGAGGCCGAUGUAGACGCCAUCCAGCUUCCCAACUUCGACACGCUCGACUCUGACCAUGACGACCGCCUCUUCCCACGUGUUCUCCCGGACUCCACUGCCCCAGUCAGCGCUGCCAAUCCCGUGGCAUCGCGCCUCACGCCAAAGCAGCAAGCCGACCAAAUCAUCGCCCGUCGUCGUAGCAAGGAUGGUCAAGCUCGUCGCAAACGAAGCAUGAGCACCAGCGACGCACGGGCUACAUUCACUGCAGCUGCGGCUGAUGCUGUCGAGGUUGACUCCACCAGCGCAUCAAUCGCUAUUGAAUCGACCAGCGAAGCUCAGACCGAGCAGGCUGAGCUCCCAACCCGUCAAAGCAUCAGUGCAGAUCUCGCCAAGAGCAAAGCUAUGCUGGACGCCAGCCUCCAGCGCGCUGUCGAAGGCGGUUUCCAGAACAACAUCGAAAAAGAGCUGUCUCGUAUCUACGAGAAGGUCGAUCUCAACUACAACGUCAACGACCGCGGUCUCUACAAAGGCAUCGACGACAAAGUUACACAUUCGGCAGCUGCGGGCGAUGUCGAUAGCGGAAAAGCUUGGAAGAAGCUGCGCAGGCCUAGCGAUAUCAACGAGUACAAGAAGGAGAUGCGCGAGUUCCAGGAAGGUGCCAGUGGCCGCAAGGCUGCGGGCAAGGUCUUCGUCAUGGUCGAUUCCUUCACACCCACAGACCUUCCUGUGCCGUCGCGUCCCACCUCGUUCCACUGCAUCCUCGACAACGGACUUCACAUGGUCAAAACGGCCACCGUGCCCCUUCGAGCUGGUCGCGGUACAGUCAGCAAGAUCGCGCAAGAAUUUGAGCUGAUCCAGCACAAGAAUCUCGAGUUCAGCUUGACCCUCGUCGUGCAGCGCGAUGCUCAUCUCGUGGAGCCUCAACGUCCGUCGUCGCCGAUUCGACGCGAACCGGGUAGUCCGACGCUCAAGGGCCUCAGUCGCUUCUUCAGCAGUCCAAAGAAGCAAGCAGCAAAGCGGGAGCAACAGGAGCGCGAGGCCGCCGCGGAGCUGGCAUCCCAGGCCUCGCGAGCCGAGCCCAUGCUUGCUUACAUCAACCGCGAGGGCGCCUUUGGCAGAACUGGAGUCAUUUUCGAGCGUGUGGCCAGCCAAUGCUUCGCACGUUGCAUGGUUCUUGAUCUUCCCGUCCAUGGCGUCUCCAACCCGACGGGCAGCAUCUCGGGCCCUUCGAGCAUCGCAUCGCGUUCGCACGUCUCGAUGCUCUCGCAGGACUUCCAUCAAAACCUCAGCAAGGUGCGCGGAACGCUUCGUCUGAAGCUCUUCUACCUUCCACCGCUGCCGAAUAUCCCUCGUGAUGGUCUCCCGGAGAACCUUGGCGAGUGUCUCCGAGGGAUGCAGAACGCAGCUUGGCACCGAUCUGAGCCAUGGCAGACGGGCACGUUGACUCAGCUGGGUGGCGACUGCGCCAGCUGGCGUCGUCGUCCCGUGCAUGCGCAGGGUCAGCAUCUGAUCUGCUUCAAUGCCGUCACGAAAAAGCCGACUGUCAAGAUCGAUCUCUCCAAGGCUGUCUGCAUCGAAGAGCUGGGCAAUCAUGUGAAUGCAGGCUCCAUGGUCCUCUCCUCCGGCGCAAGUCAGGUCCUGGGAAGGUCGAGGACGAUGGCUUCGUGCGCUACAGCGGCAACGCUGGCGGAAGAGGAGGACGCAGAUGCCAACUACCACGUCGAACGAUCUUUCCGCAUCACAUUUGCCGACGGAGAGCGAAUCACGUUCUUCGCCGACACGGAAGGCGAAAUGGCGCAGUGGGUCAAGGUCAUUUCAGACAUCAUCGGUAGCGAGGUACCAUCUAAUCCGCUGUGGGCUCAAGCGCUGUUGGAGGCGGUUGGCUCGCAAAUGACCAGCAAGACGGAUGCCAUCUCACGCAAGCCGAGCCAGCAGCUGCUUCAAUCGCGCAAGCCAGUGCCAACGGUCCCGGAAGAGGGACCUGCGACUCCUCCAUCGGCGCCAGCUGCCCCGCACACACCUUCGCCGGAACGUCGUUCUGGACUUCCAAAUGUCGGGCACGAUCAGCGCAUCUCGACCUUUGCGAGCAUGUCGCAGAACAACACGCCCUCGCGACUGCCUGUCAGAGCGCCGCACAAUCUCACAACAUCCAUCGCAACGCCACAGCGCUUGGCCUCCUUUCGCGGCUCGCCACUUGCACCAAGGCCAGCAUCGAUGAUCCGAACGCCCGUUCACGAUGGCUCGAAUCGUGCAGCUUUCGAUCGGCUCAAGCGUGCUGGACAUGCUCGUUCCCGGACGGAGGAUCUCACCCCUCUUCGACGACGCUAA